CUGAGGCUGCUGGCGAUGUCGUACGCAGUGUGAAGUGGGGUAAUUCAUGGCGUCGUGGAACGCGCCCGCCAAGCAUGACCUCAUGCCGUCUUAGCCAGGAACAAACGCGAACCUCAAAUCGACUUUCCUCCAGAGUCGUGAGAAAUAGAAGACCAUCCCUGAUCCAUAACCCUCACAUCUCAACCUGCGCAGCGCUCUCGCAAUGUCCCGUAUCAAAGCGCCAGGCGACCUGCCCGACCUGGUGAAGAAGGCGUUCAAUGCCGCGCGUGCCAACGGGGAUAUCCACUACUUCCCAACGCAGGUCACCAUUCUCACUGCAGGCUCCAUUCCCUUCCAAUUGCGAUUCUCGCCUGCCUUGGCCAACAAACCCAAGGGCCCGCCUCCUGACCCAGCCGCCAAGUCCCACAAGCCCUUUGACCCCUUUGAGAAUCCGCCGCCAGCUCUGCGCGUCGCAGACGUUGGCCCGUCGCACUUUGUCGUGCUGAACAAGUUUGCCGUAGUGCCAGAGCAUUUCAUCCUCGCGACCACUGCUUUCAAGCUGCAGACACACUUGCUUGAGCCAUCAGACCUCGAGGCCACGCUGAGCUGCAUCAGGGCAUACGAGGGGCAUGAGGAUGGCUUGUUCGCUUUCUUCAACUCUGGCGAGCACUCUGGCGCGAGUCAGCCUCACCGCCACAUACAACUACUGCCCAUUGCGAGGAUGAAGGAUGGCCUGGACAAGACCAGUUCAUGGGACGUCUUGACGGACCGGCUGAGCGAGCGUCAGACUCCCUUUGCGGCAUUCACGGAGAAAAUUCACCUCGAAAUGCAAGGCUCGGAUCUUCACGAGGCGUACAUCAGACUCUACAGGCGGGCUGUGAACGCCUGGGCGCGCUUCACGGGGAGUCGGGUGCAGCAGGUGGCCUCCGAGGGCGAGGCGGUGAUGAGCUACAACAUGGCCAUGACGAAGACGACGCUGGCUCUCGUGCCGCGGGUGGCAGAAGGCGUCAAGAUCACCUCGGACGACGGCCACGUACUCGGCAACCUGGCGCUCAACGGCACCCUGCUCGCGGGCACAGCGCUGGUGAAGAGUGAACUGGAGUGGGAGGCUCUGCGGAAGGACGCGGCAGGUCUAGUCAACGCACUCAGGGGAAUUGGGCUGCCUCAUAGUGAUUCUAUUGAUGCCGAAGAAGAACAAGAGAAGACGAAAAUCUGAGCUUUUACACCCCGCCGCACCUGUUGACCUCCUCCCAUUUCCUACUGCACGCAUUCGCCCCAAAUGGGUACGACGCACGCUG